AUGGGGAGGACGACGUGGUUCGACGUCGACGGGAUGAAGAAAGGAGAAUGGACGGGUGAGGAAGACCGGAAACUUGUCGCUUUUAUCAACGAGCAUGGCAUCUGCGACUGGCGUUCUCUCCCUAGAAGAGCUGGUUUGCAGAGAUGUGGAAAAAGCUGCAGAUUAAGGUGGCUUAAUUAUCUAAAACCUGGGAUUAAAAGAGGCAAAUUCAAUCCUGAAGAAGAAGAAGAGAUCAUUAGACUUCAUGCUACUCUAGGAAACAGGUGGGCAACCAUAGCGAGGCAGAUGCAGAAUCGAACAGAUAACGACAUCAAGAACCAUUGGAACUCUUGCCUCAAGAAAAGACUUUCAAGAAGCGGAAUCGACCCAAUGACCCAUAAACCCAUCAUCAUCAGGACCACUAACAUAGAAAGUGGCAGCUCCUCCACAAUGACGUCGCCGUCGACGGAAAGCUCUUCCUCCUCGUUACCUUCCAUCUCGGCUCGUCUCCUGAACAAGCUCGCUGCAGGUGUCUCAUCUAGAAAACACAGUCUCGAUAGGAUCAAGUACAUCCUGUCCAGCCCAAAUACCAGAACCAGUGAUCAAGAUGAAGUAGAAGCAGAAGAAGAACAAGAAGAAGAAGAAAGAGAGUCAUAUAUGGAUCAGCAGGUUGGUGGUGGUUUAGAAGAUGAUUUUCCAAUGUGGGACGUUGAGGAAGUUAGGCGUUAUAUGGAGAUUGAUGUAAUGGAGUACGACACGACGUCGUACGACUCUGCCUUGUACGAGAGUACUCACAUACUUGAUCAUCUCUUCUGA